UCUCUGCGCGCCAUCCGCCGCCGCCUUCCUGGACGCGGGCGAGGGAGCGAGAGCGUCGCCGCUCGCAGCCUCGGGAGGAGACAAGGGCAUCGUCGCCUCAGCCGCCGCCGUUCUCGCCUGCAGCGGCUCGCCGGAUCCUCAGUCUUCCACAAUGAACCCCGUUUACAGCCCCGUGCAGCCUGGGGCUCCUUAUGGCAACCCCAAGAACAUGGCCUACACUGGUUACCCAACAGCCUACCCGGCAGCAGCCCCUGCCUACAAUCCGAGCCUGUACCCCACCAAUAGCCCCAGUUAUGCUCCAGAGUUUCAGUUCCUGCAUUCAGCUUAUGCAACUCUGCUGAUGAAACAGGCCUGGCCACAGAACUCAUCUUCCUGUGGCACUGAAGGCACCUUCCACCUCCCAGUGGACACCGGGACCGAGAACCGAACUUACCAAGCAUCCUCUGCGGCUUUCAGAUACACUGCAGGGACACCGUACAAGGUCCCGCCGACCCAGAGUAACACUGCUCCACCCCCCUACUCCCCAUCACCCAACCCCUAUCAGACGGCCAUGUAUCCCAUCAGAAGUGCCUACCCCCAGCAGAAUCUGUAUGCCCAGGGAGCCUACUACACACAGCCCGUGUACGCUGCUCAGCCCCACGUCAUCCACCACACCACGGUCGUCCAGCCCAACAGCAUCCCCUCCGCCAUCUACCCGGCCCCUGUUGCUGCGCCCAGGACCAACGGCGUGGCCAUGGGCAUGGUGGCAGGCACCACCAUGGCCAUGUCAGCAGGUACCCUGCUGACUGCUCCCCAGCACACCGCGAUUGGGGCUCACCCUGUCUCCAUGCCAACAUACAGGGCCCAAGGGACCCCCGCGUACAGCUAUGUGCCCCCACACUGGUAAAGCCUGCCGUCCAUCCAAAUCUGGAGUCCCACAUUGUAUGCAACUACUCAAGUCUUACACCGGUGCUGGAGCAGCUCCCUAGCAGCACCACCUCUACUUGCAAGAAGAGAACGGAAGUGCAAGGGUCACUUUAUGCAUCUUUAGUGGUUUUUGGUUUUAGCUUUGGUCUUUUGUUAAAGCUGCUUUUUCUAAACACCCUCUCCCACUGUCUCCCCUUUGGCCGCUGCCCUUCCAGUUCUGCCCUUCCCCCUCCUUCCUGACCAGGCACAUUCCCUCAGCUCUUCUCUCCUUCCCCGAGUGUCCAGGCCCCAGGUACCCCAGUCUGGGGGCAGGAGAGAGUGGGGCAUGUUGUAGUGGUUCAACAGAAAGUUCCGUUUCCUUUGCCCAGCAGAGCAGACGUGGCCCUGUCCAGAGUCAGCACUGAGCUCUGGAACCGGCCACAUUCUCUGGGAGAUUCCUUCUUUGAUUUUUCUUCGGUGAGAUUAGUUUAGGCCAUUGCCAUGUCUUCUCACAAAAUAUAUGUCUUCUGAGAACCAUUGCAACAGACCAAGAACAGAACCACCUGAUUAGGUAGGAAUAUUCAUAGCAGCUAACACCCUGGACUGACAUCCUGGGAAUACCAGAUUCUUAUUUAGGGAGAUCUUGAGGGGGCUGGGGGAGGGCGUUCGGGAAGAUGAGGGGAGAGGUCAGUGUCUGCUUGUGGUCAGGUCUGUGACCACAUAGUCUGGGCCUGGGCCCUCUGAUUUGCACAGUAAUGCUAACUGACCUGGCAUUUCCUCAGACCUGCCAGCAGCUUCCUGGCCUCAGAUCCCAGCCUCUAAAGCCUCAGAAGACCUGGGCCACAUCAGCUCCACAGACCCACUCCUGAUGAGAGUCGAAACCUCUGGCAUAUCUCUCCUCCCUGUGCCCUUCCUAACGGGCUUGCCCGUUGGUCUUUGGGACUGGCAGACAAGCCAAGGCCUUGGUUACUUAUGCCAUCCAUGGCCAGAGUGAAGGUACCACAUUCCAGGGGGAUGCUGGCGGCUCUGAAGGUCAGGACAGUGAAGGAAAAGCAAUAGCAAUAAACAUUUCAUAGACUCAUGGGCCUGAAGGGACCUUAGCCAUCAUCUCAUCCAUUCCCCUGACUGACAGCUGAGGAAGCGGAGGUGCAAGAAGAGGACAGACCUUCCCUAGCAAUCCUGGAAAUUAGCAUUCAAUGCAGCCUUCCUCUUCGAGGGGCAAGUGACCAAGAGAAAUGUAGCUAGGGACGGCUGGGCUUGGUUUCUUAAAAAAUUAAGUCAGCAGCGCCCACACCUGGUGAGAUCUGGAACACUCUCUGGGCUUUUGUUUCUCUUCUUUAUCCUCCACAAAUGCAGCCAGUGGGCAGAGGUCACAGGGGGCAGAUGGCAGGAACAGAAAUUGCAAAUGAAGAACUAGCAUUUGGAAAUUCUGUGAAGACAUCUGGAUCUUUACCCACGGCCCAGCCCCGGGAGAAGAGGCAGGCAGGCGGGCUGCAGCAGAGGGGCCCAGCUUUGGGGCAGCAGCCCUCGUCUGACAGGGAGAGGACAAGGGUGGGGCCCCGAACGCCUGCUGAGAGCAGGGACACUGGACAAACGAGGUCUUGAUAAUAUUUGGGACUUUGAAACGACUCUUCAUUUUAAAUUCAUGCAAACUUGGACAUACAUAUCCCUAUUCCUACCUCCGUGUCUCCUAAAGGAGGAAAGAAAGAAAAAAGUCCGGAAACGUCUGGGCUGGAAGGACCCCAGAGGCGAUUUGGCCAUUCCUGGGAAGGCAGAACCCAUCAGCACCCUGAGUCCAGACCCAGAAGGGGGCCGCCUUCUUGGCCUUCCAGGGAACGGCAGGACUGGGAGGAGGAACCAGCCGUUCUAAACAGUCUGCCCUGGGGCACUGAAGAGGCUUCAUUUUAAAACACCAUUUUCCAGUGUUAAUCUUUUUUUUUUUUCCCCUCCCAAAUGCCUCCUCCUAUUCUCCAGUCUGUAAGGAUGGAUGAAGUUGGUUUUAGAUUAUGUCAUUCAUUUUUAGAAAAAGCCAAAAUAAUCAUGGCAGUCAUAGGAAACCAUUGCAUUCGUCACGUGCUUCAUACAUUUCAAAGCACUUCACAGCCUUCAGACUAUCACAGUGGCUCUAGCCACCUGACAGUGAGGUCACUGGGUCUGGAAGGCGGGGGGACCCCUGGCACCUGUGGGGGGGCUGGGGCUGAGUUGCUGGCGAGGAAGAGGAAGAGACCCGGAAUGAACAACCUGUUACUUUUCUUCUUUCUGCACGAGUAACACCUCACGUUUCACAGUUCACGGACCGAUUCACACUCCUCACCUGGUCUAACCUGCAUGGCCGAUUGUUCCUCCCGUGAGACUGGAGAGGAAAUAAACGUUGUAGAAAGGCAGAGUGACUUGUCAGUAAGAGGCCCACAUCCCACCGGUCUGCUGCCCCUUGCCUUCCAGAUGGGCCCUUGCCCUCCCUCAGCACUGCCUGGUCCAUAACUCAAGGUCAGAGAUAGGCCCCCGGCGUGGGGAGCACAGCAUUGGAACCCCGAUUCUGCUGGUCUUGCCCUCUUUCUUUGACUGAGAUCCACAAGCCUGGCCAAGCUUGGGGGGGUCACUGCAAAGGGACUGAGCUCAGGAGGACAGGGGAAGUGGUGGGCACCCCGGUGGGAGUUUGUCACAGUGUCUAUCAGGGGCACUGUGGGUGUCAUCCAAAGAAUCUGAAUGGCCCAGUGGUCAGUCAGACCUAGGAGACGGCCCUGUUAUUGCAGGAAGGUCACAAGCCCAUGUGACAGCCCUGUCACCGACCUGUCUCCCUACCCCCAAUUCUGCUCCCACCAUCAGCAGCCAGCUAGGCCCCUUCCACUUCUACCUGACGAACUGUCCUCAGCCUGGGGCCUAGGAAGUGGGAGCACCCCAAAGUGGUAAGAGCCUGAAACCUAACCUUUCUGCCACGUUCUCCCCCCCCCCCCCCCGUUUUAAUGUCUUUGCCCUGAGAUAGAACAGUUGCAGCUGCAGCGCCUUGUUCCCGCAGUCCCCGCGAGUCCCCCUAACCCUGACUGCUGAAAGGGCACGCACCUGUCCAGUUCUGCCCUGACAGAGUACUUAGAUAUUGCCAAAACCCCUAUUUUCUAGAUUUGAAAACAAAACAAAACAAAACAACAACAAAAAAAAAAAGAAAACCUGGAGUCUCAGAAAGCUUAAGAGAUUUGCCAAAGUUCUCAGGGCUCAGAGCAUAAAGAGCCAAGAUUUGAAAAAUUGCCCACUCAGAUCCCCAACUCUCCUCCAGAUGGCGCCACCAAGGCCCAGGAAAUCUGUCCCCCCAGCUGCCGGGAGAGGGCCAUUUGGGGCCUUAGGGACCCAGAGGCAUGUCUAGCUAGCAGCUCACAAAGCCUGAUGUCACUUAGGACACCUCGGGGCCCUGGUGCGCCCCUGCUUGGAAUUGGCACACUGAGGGGGCCUGGGCCACCCUGAUGGCCAGAGACACGCAUGUGACGCCAGUGCUGCUGGCUGUCCUGUGAGAUGAGUUCUGAAGACAUUGUGGCCCUCUCUCGACCCUAACUCCUGCGGGUCGUUGCGGGUGUGGAGUCCCCUCGCCCAGCCACACGCAGGGGCUCGCUCUGUUCUGGUGGCCUUCAGAGAGACAGCAGAAAGUAGGGCAGCCCUUGGUCAGCAGGUUCUGCCACUCACCCAGCAGACGGCCUGGCUGGAGUCCCAGCUAGGCACUGGCCGAGUCUGGGUCUCGGUGAUGUUGGCACUGGCCUUCAGACUGGAACUUCGAUGUGUCCCCCUGGCAUUCUGCCUCAGUUGCAACUGAGUGAAAGGAUACGGAAUCUGCAUUAACAGCCGACAGGCCCCCGAGAGCUCGGUAUUCUGCAACUUGCCAAGCAUGGGACUCGGGGAGGAGCAGGCGAGGUGAAAGGUGGGGUUGGCUUCAGGGGAAUUCAGGCCCGUGUGGCCUCCAGAAGCAGACCCCAGGAGAGGAAUCCCUGCCGGCUGACUGACCUGACUCCGAAGCCCCCUCUGGGGACAGCUGGUCCUUGACCUGCCACCUUCCCCGGCCUAGAGAGUUUGCUUCUGAAAUGAGAUGUCACAGGGCCCGGCCUUCAGAAUUUCUAGCAGGCCAGCUUUAACAUUCCAUAUCCAGCCUUGCCUGAGCCAAACUUGGGUCCCCCCUCCCUCAGUUUCUCUAAAGGGUUUUCUGCCUUUCGUGCUCUGGAGUCCAACCCAGAGGCCAUUCUAGUGCCUGCGGGAGGGGUGUGUGCCUUCCGGAAGUGACCAGAACUAGAGCUUUGCAGAGUAAGGACCAGCCCUGAGCAGUCAAUGGUGGAAUCCACUUUGGGCCUGACCAGCAUCUUGAGGCUCCAGCCUGCCUCCCUCCUCAGACCAGAGUCAGGAAAAGGGGGAGCUCAUGUGGCCGUUUACCAGUUCAGUGGGGAGUACCAAGUUCCUCCUGGCCAAAGGGGAAGAAAGGCCCGGCCUGGAGCAGCUGGGAGUUUGUGAUGUCCUUGCCCCAUUCCUGACUCAAAGGAAUCCCUGUUUCCUGUCACGUGACAGGAACCUGUUCUCAUGGCAUGUAACAUCCCUGUGAGAGCGCUGUAUAUGAUUU